ACUAAUGGUGUGAAGGCACACGGUGAUGGGGCUCCAUUCAAGAAUUCUCCAUACAAGGGUAACUUGUUAGAUUCAACGAUGCCGAAAUCGAAUUCGAUUCGUGUCGAAUAUGCUGAAAUAGGAACCACUGGCGAUCGGCGCCGCACUCCGAAUGGGGAUUCACGACAACUCCAACAUCGCUCUCCGAACGUGUUGUCACCAUCAUCGGAACAAUAUCCUCCAGAACAAUCUGAUUACCGAUCAAUCCAAAACCCCGACUCAUCGAUCUCGUUGGAACAAUUUGCAGCUCUCUUGUCCGGAACACAGCUUACGGCAUCCGAUCACGGUAAGGUUCGGUGUCCUGCUGCUGCCACAGCCCUCGCCGCAGGUGAAUCCGGCGAGCAAAUAUUCCCCCUGCUAAUCGAUUCAUUGGUACAACAAUUACCCGGUCAAUGUGAGUUUUUCGCAUAG